UCUUCAUUCAUUGCAUUGCAAAGUGAGUGAGUCUUCUUUCUCUCUUUUGCAAUCAAUCGCUCUCUCUGUAUUCCCUCGAUCAUCGCUCUCUUUUGCUUCAUUCAUUAAUUCGUUGAUUCUGUGAGUGAAAUCAACAUGAAUCGUGUUAGGGGUUUGAAUGCUUCUGCUGGUUUCAUGCUACCUGGCUCCAUGCUUGACAGUAUUUUUGUUGUUGAUUCCUUUGUCGGUGCCGCGGGUAGUCGUCGUCGCAACAACAACAACAACAGGAGGCUCUCUUCACCACCAACAGCAACAACAACAAGGGACAUAGGAGGAGUCAAUCAUCGUCCACAUGUUCCUCCUCCUUCCUUCAACGUUCUUAAUGGAACAAUGGCAGAUGAUUUUGUUAUUGUCUUUGAUACUUAUGUUGGUCGCAACAAUGCGCUGCUGCAUACAACACCUUUUCCUCCUCAUCCCAUCAAUGUUACAACAAAAUUAGAUAACGAUUCAGAAGCAACAUGUUCCAUAUGUCUUUGCGAGCUCUCUAACGAUUCAUCGGCUGUUCAGAUUAGUUGUUCGCAUGUUUUUCACAGAGAUUGUAUCGAAAAGUGGAUCACCGUGAAAAGGACAUGUCCUCUCUGUAGAAUAAUUGUUUAGUUGUUAGUUAGUUAGAAUAAUUGUUUAGUUGUUAGUUUAUGAUCGAACACAUAUGUGUGUCUCUUGUUUGUGUGUUCUUCUCGUUUAAAGAAACAUUUUGUACCAAUUUAUAUCCAAUUAUUGGAAUGACUUAAGCGUUUUACCUGACUUUUUAUCAAAAAAAUUUGUACUUUG